AUGAUCUAUGAUGAACUUUGUGGAAACUUGAUGGCAUACGAGCAGAUUCAUAUUAACAGAUACAAUAAAGAUGACAAAAAGAAAAUGGUUGCCUUUACUGCUGAACAACUGAAGACCAGGAUGAAGCUGAUGAAUAUCAAAGUGAAAAAAGUACAAAGAGAAGCUGGAUACUUCAUCUCCAUAGUUCAUAGAGAUCAUGGUGGAGAAUUUGAAAAUAAAACUGUUGAGGAAUUCUGUAAUAAAAACGGUUACACUCAAUUUUUUUCAUCUCCUAGAUCACCUCAGCAAAAUGGCGUGGUAGAAAGGAAAAGUCGUUCGUUACAAGACACUGCCAGAACCAUGCUUCUUGAUCGAAAUCUUCCUGAUCACUUUUGGGCUGAAGUAGUAAGUACUAAAUGCCAUAUUCUGAACAGAUGCCUUAUCAGACCGAUUUUUAAGAAAACUCCAUAUGAGCUAUGGAGAGUGAUUUGUAGAAAAGUACAAAGAGAAGCUGGAUACUUCAUCUCCAUUGUUCAUAGCGAUCAUGGUGGAGAAUUUGAAAAUAAAACUGUUGAGGAAUUCUGUAAUAAAAAUGGUUACACUCAAUUUUUUUCAUCUCCUAGAUCACCUCAGCAAAAUGGCGUGGUAGAAAGGAAAAGUCGUUCAUUACAAGACACCGCCAGAACCAUGCUUCUUGAUCGAAAUCUUCCUGAUCACUUUUGGGCUAAAGUAGAAAUAGAAUCUACAGAGGAUGAAUCUACUCCUCUAUUGAGCAUUGAGAAAUUCUCAAACUUUUCUGAGAAAAUUACAAUAGAGGAGUCGACUACUCCAGAACCGAAGUUGACUAGUCCAGCCGAAAAGACAGGCAUUCCCAGAGAAUGGAGACACAACGCCAGUUAUCCAAAUUACUUCAUCAUGGGCAAGCCAACCUACUCAAUAUAG